UCCCACUCUGCGUGUCCACGGGGAGCAGGGCCGCUCCUGAUUGGUCGGGGGGAGGACGGAGCGGUGUCAUCGUGGGGACUUAAAUCAGUGCAGCUAUGUUGUUGUGAGAAGAACCGUGGAUCAGAACCGGCAGACACACGCAGAACCACGCAGCGCAUCUUUACGCGCAGCUCAGCGUGGAUUAUUUCGCUCCCCGCUGAGAACCCGAAGUGCCUUCAGCUCUCCGUCCGGACCGAACAUGCCCAGAGGCUUCCUGGUCAAACGGAACAAGAAGACCCCCCCGGUGUCCUACCGGGUCCGCUCCGACGAGGAGGAGGACGCGGAGCGAGCCGCAGCUGAUGCGCCGCCGCCGCCGCCGCGUCUCUCCUCCAUCCCGCUGCGCGCACAGACCUGCGGGCCAGCGGCCACCGCUCCGGAACCAGGUCCGGCUGCCAAGCCCGUUCAGUUCGGGAACCCGGAGUCCGUGUACCAGACGCUCUACAGCCCCACCCGGCCCGUCAGCCGGGACCAUGAGCGCUCCUCGGAGCGGCGCUUCAGCCUCGGCUCUCCGGUCUCAGCGGAGUCCUUCCCCACGCCGGCGGCUCUCACCGGACUGGACCACCUGUUCCCGGUGGACCUGAAGAUCGGCUCCAGCAGCAGCAGCAGCAGCGGCGACGCGGCCGCCGGGACGCUCCCCACCGCGGGCGCCAAGCGGCCGGCAGGCGACGCGGAGCGCAGAGGCAAAGCGGCCAGCUCCAAGAGGACCAAAGCCAUCCGGAAACUGCACUUUGAGGACGACGUCACCACGUCCCCGGUCCUGGGGCUCAAGAUCAAGGAGGCUCCGGUGGAGCAGAGGCCGGCGGGGGGAGAGCGCCCCCUGCUGGGAGGGUUUGUCUGCCAGCUGUGCCGCGAAGCCUACCAGGACCCGUUCUCUCUGGCCCAGCACAAGUGCUCCAGGAUAGUUCGGGUCGAGUACAGGUGUCCCGAGUGCGACAAGGUGUUCAGCUGCCCGGCUAACCUGGCCUCCCACCGGCGGUGGCACAAGCCCAAGCCCCAGAGCGAGCCGGCCCCGUCCGGCAAGGACUGCAGCGACAGGGACUCACCCAGCCCCGAACCGUCCGAGUCCGGUUCCGAGGACGGACUGUACGACUGCGCUCAGUGUGGCAAAAGGUUUAAGCGCCAGGCGUACCUGAGGAAGCACCUGGCGUCUCACCACGGCGCCCAGAAACCCGCAGAGCCGCAGCAGGUGGAGAAGGAGCCGCAGGGCUGCGGGCCGCUGAACCUCAGCGCGUCCUCCUGCCACGCGUGUCCCGUGUGCGGGGAGAGCUUCAGCAGCAGGGGCGGCCAGGAGCGCCACCUGCGCCUGCUGCACUCCGCCCAGGUGUUCCCCUGCAAGUACUGCCCCGCCCUCUUCCACAGCUCGCCGGGACUCACCCGACACAUCAACAAGUGCCACCCGUCCGAGAGCCGCCAGGUGAUCCUGCUGCAGGUGCCGCUGCGCCCGGCCUGCUGAGGCCCGGUCCGGUCCGGUUCGGCCCGGCCCGGUUCGGCCCGGUUCGGUCCGGGUGUUGCCAGGUCCAGUUGGCUCCUGCUGGUUUCAGCCCUUCACCUUCCUUCACACAUUCCUGCUCAGGAAUAUUGCUCAGCUGGAUGUUUUCUCCGUGUGACUCAGAGCUGCUGCUGAGGCAGGGACCCAGUGCCUUGCUCAAGGACACUUCCUCUCGCUCAGAGGGAGCUCGAACCCCCUGAGAGGAUCUGAAGCCUAGACUGUGGAGGAAGCUCUCCGCUCAGACGCUGUUAGCUGGUAGACCUAAGAGAGGUCCGGUCCGGUCCGGUCCGGUCCGGUUCUGGACGGGCCUGUUCCCGUCAGUAGCUUUAAUAGAUGUGGGUCAGUUAGUGUAGCCGAACCGCCUUCAGACUAGAGCGCCCUGCUGUAAAACCCGCCUUAAAUCAUCUCUCUGCUUAUUUAUGACUAUUUAUUAUUAAUUUAUUGCUGAUUUCCGUUGAGCCGUGGUGUGUUCAAGUGUCGUUAAAACAAUCGGUGCUUUUAUCAGCCGCUUCUGCAAUCAGCUGUUCUUUAUUUAUUGGUGGCUUCUUGUUGGCCCUCAGCUCUGAAACUGCUCUGGGUGUUUCUGCUGUGACUUUUGCUAAGUGUCCAAAAACAAUAAAACCAAACUGAGACUCAGA